GAGUUUCAUUUCUAACGUCGUCUAGAGAAGCAGCAUUUACGACAGUCAGAAUCUUAUCAUAAUUUUCAAAACAUGCCUGAAUAUAAAUAUUUAUCGGGGUUCGAUUCUGAAUUCGCAUCAACUCAUCCCGACUAUCCAAAUGCUUUACCUGAAGGUCAAAACAGUCCUCAAAAAUGUGCUUAUGGCUUGUACGCAGAACAACUUUCUGGAAGUGCUUUUACAGCACCACGUAGUGAAAAUAAACGAACAUGGUUGUAUAGAAUUCUUCCUUCAGUUCGUCAUAAACCAUUCGAACCGGAUGCAUAUUGUGGUGCAACAUUUCUCUCGUCAAACUGGGAUGAAGUUUUACCAAACCCAGCACAACUUCGUUGGAAUCCUUUUGAAAUACCAGACGAAACAUGGAAAACAGAUUUUGUUGAUGGAUUGAGUACUGUUUGUGGUGCUGGUGAUGCACGAGUUCGUCAUGGACUUGCAAUUCAUAUUUACGUUUGCAACACAUCAAUGGAGAAUCGAUCAUUCUACAACAGUGACGGCGACUUUUUAAUCGUUCCACAACAAGGUGCACUUGACAUCACCACAGAAUUUGGAAAGCUUUAUGUCGAACCGAAUGAAAUAUGCGUCAUUCAAAAAGGAAUGCGUUUCUCUGUUAAUGUUAAUGGGCCAACUCGUGGUUACAUUCUCGAAGUGUAUGACGAUCACUUCAGACUUCCUGAUUUAGGACCAAUUGGUGCUAAUGGCUUGGCAAAUCCACGAGACUUUCUCACACCAACUGCUUGGUUUGAAGAUCGCGAUGUUACAGAUUAUCAAAUUAUUGCAAAGUUUCAAGGAGUUCUUUUUAAAGCUUUGCAGAAUCAUUCGCCUUAUGACGUUGUUGCGUGGCAUGGAAAUUAUGUUCCAUAUAAAUACAACUUAGCGAAAUUCAUGGUCAUAAACUCGGUCAGCUUCGAUCAUUGUGAUCCCAGCAUCUUCACUGUGUUGACAUGUCCAUCGAUGCGAUAUGGAACAGCAAUUGCUGAUUUUGUUAUUUUUCCACCUCGUUGGUCGGUGCAGGAAAACACUUUUCGGCCACCUUACUACCAUCGCAAUUGCAUGAGUGAAUUUAUGGGGUUGAUCUUCGGUAAGUACGAAGCUAAAGAAGGUGGAUUCGCACCAGGUGGAGCAACACUUCAUUCUAUUAUGACUCCCCAUGGACCUGACUCCGAAUGCUUCGAGAAAGCUUCGAGUGCUAAAUUAGAACCGCAAAGAAUCGCUGAUGGAACUCAAGCAUUCAUGUUUGAAUCAUCAUUGAGUUUGUCCUUGACAAAAUGGGGUCAACAUAUUUGCAAUAAAAUCGAUCACAAAUAUUUCGAAUGCUGGCAAAAGUUAAAAAAUAAUUUCAGAAUUGAAAACUAAGCUUGAUUAUUAUUUAAAUCAUGUGAUGGUGUUGGAACAGGUUUAAUGAAUAUUAUUGGUGAUGGUUGAAGCUUGUUUUUAUGUUAAUGAGUUUUAAUAAAACUUUAUCAGAUCAUUAAUUAAAUAUUGCUUUAGAAUAAAGAAGAUCAACAACUCAUAUCUGUUUAUGUUACGAAA